GAUCGUGUUGGUUAGUUUGUCAAUUCGAGUAUUUUGAACUUUUUAAUUGAGGAUUUUGAUUUUUUUUUUAAGUUGUUAGUUUUUUGUUGAUCUGGGUAGGUUUGGAAUUCCUUAUCGUGUAUUUAAUUGGUUUUCCUUUAUGCAGGGUUCUACUUUGCUUAAAGCGGGCUCUAAAAAUCGCAAAUGCCGCUCAACAGAUGGCUAAUGCUACUCGGGGUAGUGGUGGUUUAGUUAUGCUGUUCAUUGAAAUCAUCAAUAAGUAUCUCUAUUUUUUUGAGAAGGGAAACAACCAAAUCACCGUCAAUACAAUCCAGGAUCUAAUGGAAUUAAUUACUACAGAGAUGCAAAGUGAUAAUGCGGCAACAGAUUCUGCUGCUGAAGCUUUCUUUGCAAGCACAUUGCGGUACAUCCAAUUCCAGAAACAAAAAGGUGGCGCAGUUAGUGAGAAAUAUGAACCUAAUGUUAGUUUUUUUGUUGAUCUGGGAGAACUGAAAAGUUAAAACUUGAGAAAGGGAAACAAACUCGGUAACAAUUGCUCUUCAAUCCGCUAAACUUGUGAGAAUUGUCGCCUUUGAUCUUGCUCUUGGGACUCUUGAAUGGUUCCCUCAUUUGUCUUUGAAUACGCUGACGCUGACGCUGCGUGCUACGUGUGUCAUGGGAAGUUGCUUAUCCAAGCAUGAUCUCAACUCUCAAAUUGAUUUGGUAAUUGAAAUUUUGAAGCGUCCAGGAGAAGUCCUCCCUGUUUGUCUUAGUGUCGCACGAACGCUGUAAAUUCAUAAUUUAGUGUGCUUCAAUUUUAAUUUCUCGGCUUUUUUUUUCUCGGUUCAAAUUUUUAUUUUUAUUUCAUAUUGUAAUUUGUUUGAUUUUGGUCUGACAAUGGAGUUUUUUUCAUCUGCUUGAAUGAUA